GAAGCAAAUUUAUUUCCAGAUAGUUCGGUUUCGGUUUUUUUUCCUUUUUUAUAUUAUUACAAAAGGAAGUAAAUAUUUAUAUUAUUAUAAAUAACAGUAUUUGCAAAACAUAUUUCAUUUGAAUAUAUUAUUUAAUUUUAUUUGAAAAUGGAUAUUUUAAAAAAAAUGUUUUCAAAAACCCAAGAAGGAAAAUCCGAAUCUGAAACUGAAUUUCAAAAGGAUGAGUUUCGUAAGCCGGCUUGGUAUGAAGAAGAUGAAACUGAUGAUGAACUUUUUGGAAGGACAAAAGCAUUUCAAAUUUUUACUAAUCCGAUCGAAUUGCAAAAGCAUUUUGAACGUCAAAUGCAAGAAAUGAUGAAAUCGAUUAGAGAAAUUGAAGAAAAUGGUGAUUUGUUUGACAGAGAUUUAAAGAACGAAUAUCUGAAACCUGGUUAUGAAAAAGAGUUCAAACAGCAUACAAGUGAUACUGAUUUGGACGGGGAAAUUAAUUCCGAUCAAUUACAUUCAUUGGUGCAACGCGUUUCACCUGAAUUGGAUAAUAUACUUUCAAAGCCGAAGUCAUCUAAACCAAUGUUUUCUAAUUCAAAAGAUAUAAGAAAAUUAGCAGAUGAAGAAAAAAUUUUGGGUAAAAUUCAUGGUUCAAUUAUUGAUGAAGAAGAGAAACGUCCGACAGUUAGAAAGAGGGAUCCUAUAACACCUAAAUUUUCGCCACAUUUUGGUGGAGUAUUUGAAGGAACAUAUCAGGGUCCGAAAAUGUUUGGUCAAAGUGUUGUAACACAUACAAUUCUUAAACCUGAUGGUACAUAUGAAACAAAACGCGUUGUCAAAGAUUCUGAAGGUAACAUAAAAACCACAGUUACGCGUACCAGGGAUGGUAAAAGUGAAACAGUAACAACAUACGGCGACGGGAAAACUAAAAAUUCAUCUCCAACUCUAAUUGAUGUUAACAAAACUGGAUCAAUUUUGGCAUCAGAUCGCAAUAUAUACGUAUCCAAAAAAGGAUAUGCCUUGCCAAUGAAUUUAUGGUGACCAGAAUUCGCCCAAGCCUCGAAUACUAUGAUAAUUUUUUGGAAAAUAUUUAUAUAUAUUCAACUAGAAAUUAGUAUAAACAUUUGGUGUUAUAGCUGAAAAUACUUGAUCUUCAGAAAAUCAUUAAUCUAUAUAAUUUGAAAUACAUACAAAUUUUUCUUUGCAAAAACAAAAUUACAUAAAUAUAAAACAUUAAAAAAAUAUGAUAUUUUAAAUAUCAUAAUCAUGUAAAAUUGAGUAAUUAAAAGAAUUUUUUCACAAGUAAAAAAAAACUGAAAGUUUACCUUAAUCAUGGAGAAAAUUCUUUUAUAGAUUCAACAAAAAAAAAAAAAUUAAAAAAAAAAACAAAAGCAGCAAAGCAGCUACUAAAGGUAAUGCGUUGUUAAAAUACAUUAUUUUGCUAAACCUGCUGAUAUAUUAAAAUUAAUGUAAUUGAAUUUGAUAUUUACAUUAUUUAUUAGUGUCGAUGGUAUAAGGUGAUGAGGAUAGUUAGCAAUCAAUAAUGCAUCUAAAGAAUUUGCUGAUGUGAAAUGAAUUCUGACAUAUUUGUAAUAUCUUUUAAAAAAUAUUUGUAUUUAUUUUUAAUUUAUAUGUUUCUUUUAAAUUUAUGUUUUUCAAAUAUAUAAAAAUGGAAUAAAAUGAAAAACAAAAUACAAAAAAUAGUUGACUCAAAAAUUAACGAAUAGUCAAAAUAUGAGGCGGUGAUUUAAAAAAAAAAAAAUUUUUUGAAAGACAAGACAAAUUUGAUACUUAAAUUUUUUAAGUAUUUAUCUUUAAUAAUGAAAUAUAAAAAACAAUAUUAUGAUCAAAUUAAUGGACUGAACGAUAUGAUACAAAAACAACUGUGACUAUAGUUAUUAUUCAGUUUGUUUAUUUAAGUUACUUAAUUGACUAAUUCAUGCAUUAAAUUUAUUUACAAAAAAAAAUUCAAUUCAAAAGCAAAAAUGUAUCUGUAUAUUUAAUGAAAGGUAGUAAUUUAGACUAUAGAAUAGUAUUUAAAACUUAGAACUAUAUUUCAUGUACAAUGACAAGAAACAAAAAAAAAAUCAUAUAUUUCAAUAAAUUGUGUU